AUGGAAGAAUCUCUCCUCCUUAUUGAAAAGAAGGUAGCAGAACGAAACAACAUCUCCCGGGCUUACAGAGCCAUUGAGAAGCAGAUGGCAAAAAUGCGUGGUGCUAGGUAUGAAACCGUGUUCAUCUAUUACAAAAAAGGACUCCAUAAAGCUACUCAAGGCAUUUUGCCAGCAGAUUGCCUAACAGCAGCAGACUGUAAAUCAAUAAGCAAUAUCUUCCAUUUGUAUCGCAAGAGGAAGUUGGAGGCUGCAGAAUUAAACCAACUCACAGUUGAACAUAAUGAUUCUGUGACACCAUUGACUAGAGAUUCUAAUGGCAUUGGAUCUGCUAAUGACAAGACAACAGACAUGGAAGAAUCUGGAAUACAGCAGCUAGAUGAUGAUUCAUCAACCCCAGAUAUGGGGGAGGAGGAGAAACCCCCAAAAUUCAGGAAAAUUUGUGAUUUUCCAGGAUUUAAAAAAAAAACAUUGCCAGCUAGGCUUAAAUAA